CGAUUAGGGUUUUAUCAUUUGUAGGGUUCUUCACGAGAGAGAAAAAGGAAGCGUGCGCCAUGGCGAAGCAUCAUCCGGAUUUGAUCAUGUGCCGCAAGCAGCCGGGCAUUGCGAUCGGUCGCCUGUGCGAGAAGUGCGAUGGCAAGUGCGUGAUCUGCGAUUCCUACGUCCGGCCGUGUACCCUAGUCCGCGUGUGCGACGAGUGUAACUAUGGAUCCUACCAGGGGCGCUGCGUCAUCUGUGGAGGAUUGGGGAUCUCCGACGCUUACUACUGCAAGGAGUGCACGCAGCAGGAGAAGGAUCGAGAUGGGUGUCCCAAGAUCGUCAACCUGGGCAGCGCCAAGACCGAUCUCUUCUACGAGCGCAAGAAAUAUGGAUUCAAGAAGCGGUAGCCUCGGUGCUACAAUCCAAUCGAUCGUUAAAGGUCAGUCGGUUGGAUUGCUAGCUUCUCUGUAGCUACUGGAAAAUUUUCUAGAACACAAGGCUGUAUUUCUCGUUGCUUCUA